GCAGACAGUCAUGGGUUCAUUUGGAUAGGAGUAUGGUAGGUAGAGCACCCCACAUUGGAUUAGCUACUCCCAUUGGUGAUUUUAGCAUGGGCCGGUGCCACCAGCUUCUUCAAUUGCAGUGGACCCUUCUCUCCUCUCUCUCUCUCUCACUCUCGUCCAUAUGAGCUUCAAGCUCCAAAAGCAGAACAACCAGUCCAGUUUCAAACACACUCUCUCCUCUCUAAAAGUUGAAAUGCAGAUUCCCUAAAUCAUCAUCACCACAGCUUUGAAUUCCAACAUUUAAUCCCCAAAAUGAAGGGAAUCGAUAUCUUCUGCGCAUCCCAAUCCUCAACCGCCAUACGCCUCACCAUGGACGAAGCCUCAUCUUCAUCAUCGCCGCCCAUCCAUCUCGGCGGCGGAAGAGCCAUCGACCGCCACAAUCCCAUCAUCAGAGACGCCAAACGCAUCGGCAAAGCCCUGCCUCUUCCGCCGUGCACUUCUCAACCACCGCCUAUAGCUCCGAUUCCCUACAAUCACCUCCACCGCAAGGGCCGAAAGAGCUCUUCAUCGAAAUCAGAUGAUCAGACCACUAAGAAGAGCUCUUCGAAAUCGACCGGUAAGAAGAGCUUUGCGAGUGAUGUGAAAAGGAAGAGUGGUGGUGAUUUGAUGAGUCCUGUUGGUUCUUCUAGGUAUUUGUUGGCUGGUGGGGGUGACAAGAGUAAUUUAACGGAGAUGGUAUCUGAUUUUGACCCUGUUUUGACAUUGGUUCCAGUGGAUUCUAUUAACAACUCUCAGGCUCUUAAAACAGAGGACUCCUCUGCUUCAAAUUCAAAACCUCCAUCCUCCUCCUCCCCCUCCUCUCGCUCUCCUCACCAGCAGGUGGUUGUUUUGAGGGUUUCACUGCACUGCAAGGGCUGUGAGGGAAAAGUGAGGAAACACAUCUCUAGAAUGCAAGGGGUGACAUCAUUCAACAUAGACUUCGCAGCGAAAAAAGUAACGGUGGUCGGGGAUGUAACGCCAUUAGGGGUCCUUGCAAGUAUAUCGAAGGUGAAAAAUGCACAGUUGUUGACCCCUGCUGCAGCUACAAAUGCAAUGCCAUCUUCAGUCCCUCCUGCAGCAGCGUCUAACUCCAAUACAACUUACUACUCAUCAGAAGUAUCAAGAAAGGCAAAGGAGUUGUUGGUGGUAAAUGAAAAUUAUCGAAAAGCUAGGGUUUAAAUGUGGUGAGCAAAAUGCUGUAAUGUAAGUCUAGUGUAAAUGCAGACUUGAGUAGCCAAAUCAGAAUCUCCCUUUGUCUAGAAGAAAAAAGUAAAUUAAUAAGAGAUCACUUUCUUGGCUUAUUAAUUAGCUAUGGAUUGGGUAUAAUGGAGCAGUAAGUACUUUGAUUGUAUAAAACGAUAAUAUUGUUUUUUGGUCCUUUGUGAUUAAAAUUUGAUAAUUUAGGCAUUUUGGCCCAUCUUCAA